AGAAAGAGAUAGGUGCGUUCCACACUGACAGUUCCAUAAACGACAAGCAGAAGAAAGGAGACUGCAUCUACACUACGAAAACACAACCAAAACAUCAGACCCCCGGUUGUCUGUCCGGUCCGCUCUGCGAAAAUGAUUAGUGGCAAAAAUAAUGUUUAAUCGCUGAUUUUGGGCUUUUUAUAGUAUUAUAAUUAAAGCUUGUCAUAAAUGUCUUCUUUAAUAUCGAAAAAGAAGUUCAGCUGGAUAGAAAUUGGCAAUAACAGUUAUUCAUAAAGGCAAUGGUAAGGACGAGGAUGAUACUGAAAAAUUGUCCCAAUUGUGAUCAGCAAGUGGCCAUUGCCUCAAAACGCUGCCCCUGCGGAUUUACGUUUAAUGCCCGUCAAGCGAACGCAGCAUACGUACCAAACACUACAACUUCCACUGUGGGUCGACCGAAAGGAAGCAAGAAAACCAAACCAUCGGCAGCCGAGGCUCGUAAAUUGGCGGCCGCAUCAACGCAGGUUCAACGACGAAGAACCGGUAGGGUUCGACGGGAGAAACCAAACUAUUACGAUUCACUGCAGUACGAGAAGAAGAAGAAAAAAUCUAAGAAACCAACACGAUCAACAAUUUUAAAAGGAAAAGAAGGUAAACAAGCACAACUAAUUAGUACCAAAGAUACACAGGUAUCUCGGGCGAAUCGGCAUGCACAAAGAAGAGCAAAGAAAGAAGAAAUUGAUGGAGGUGGCGAUUUGGUUGCAAAGAUGCCAUUGGAUAAACAAGAAAUCGCUGCACUUAUAUUAUCAGAGAUAAAUCGCAAAAUAGGCUCGGUCGUAUGGAAACAACCAUAAUAGAGUAGUUAAUACUUUUUUAGUGUAUAUAGUUAAGCCUGAACUUAUAAUUAAUAACAAUGCAAUGGCAGGUUGGCACUACAGUCGAGUUUCCAAUGAAUCGGUUAGCAAUAAAUAAA